AUGAAUGAAGAUAUAGCUAUGUUUGAAAAAAUAAGUGAAUAUGAUGUAAGAAUGUUUCAUAAAACAUAUAAAAAUAAAAUACAUUCAAAUAUGACAAAUGAAGAACAACUUCUUUUUAAAGAAAUAAGUAAUAAUAUGAAUAUAAGGAUUAUGAGGCCAGACAAAGGCAAUGGUAUGGUCAUUAUUGAUAGCAAUGAUUAUAGUACAUAUAUGACUAAUAUGUUAUUGGGUAAUACCUAUGUGGAAGUGAGUAAAAAUCAAGUUAAUAUAGCCUUUAAGAGAAUAGAUAUGUUAUUGGAUGAUAUGUUAUAUCAAGGUGAAAUAUCUGAGAAAGAACAUGAAUAUUUAUACAAUGAAUAUCCAAUAAUAAGUGGUAUCUUUGGCAUUCCAAAGAUACACAAGGGCCUUAAUAAUCUUCAGUUUCGACCCAUCGUAGACGGGAAAAUAAAAUUAGGAGGUUCUGGAUCUGUUCAGCAACCAGUUAAUCGCAAACAAAGUUGGAAGGGUUCAAAAGAAUCAUUGGUUCCUCAGAGGCAUGGGCCCUCAUUGACUGAUGGUGUAGUGUAUCGUUCAGAAAGUCCCAGUCCACAAGUAGAAAUGGGAAGACCUUUGUCUGCUUCAGGAGUGGCAGCUCUUGCCCCGAAUCACUCAAGCAAUGGACAAAGAAUCAAUCCAGCACCACCACAAGUAAGGAGUGUAACACCACCCCCUCCUCCAAGGGGGACAACACCCCCACCACCAUCUUGGGAGCCAAACUCUCAGACCAAGCGUUAUUCUGGAAAUAUGGACUAUAUGAUUUCCCGCAUCUCGCCUGUUCCACAAGGGGCAUGGCAGGAUGGAUACACCACACCAGUUCUGAAUACUCCACAGCUGUUGAAUCCUACAACACAGAGCCAGAGAGGCAUCAGUCCUGUCCCUGUUGGCAGACAGACAGUUAUUAUUCCAAGUUCAAGCAACAGUAAAUUCAGUUUUCCAUCCACACGAGGUGGACUCCAGAAUGGAAAUGGACAGUCAGACUUUAUUGCACAUCAGAGUGUUACAGCAAGCAGUCCUGUAAAUCGCCAGCCCCCACCACCAUAUCCACUGACUCAGAGUAAUAGACAGAGUCCUACCAUUUUGCAGAUGCAGGCUGGAGGGGCUGCUGUACCCCCCACAUACUCUAAUGGAAAUCUCCCCCAGUCCCUGAUGGUGCCAAAUAGAAAUAGCCAUAAUUUGGACAUUUAUAAUACUGGGCCUGGAAUGCAGGCAUCAUGGCAACAGUCAUCUGCUCCAUCUCAAACUUCACCUGGUCCUGGCAGUGGACAUGAUGUGGCUUUCUGGCAACACAAUAUUCCAGUAAGGUCUAAUUCCUUCAACAGUCAUCCUAUGGGAAGUCGACAGACCCAUCCUGCAAACUCUCAGCCUUCAGCUACCACAGUGACUGCUAUUACCCCUGCCCCUAUACAGCAACCAGUAAAAAGUAUGCGAGUUCUUAAACCAGAACUGCAGACUGCUUUAGCACCUUCCCACCCGUCUUGGAUGCAGCAGUCCAUGGCAGUAGCACAGUCUGGUCCUUUUACUGAUGGUCCGCCAACCAGUCAUUUGCCUGUUUCAGAGGCACCAAGUUAUCAAGGCCCUCCUCCACCAUAUCCCAUGCACUUAUUGCAACAGACUUCACCAUCCCCUCCAUAUGAAUCUUUUACUAAACCAAGAAAACAGGAACACUUGAGCUCCCCCACAGUACAUGCUAAGGAUGAGGAAGAUGGCGAGAAGGCCUGUGAGCUUUCUGAAGGGACAGAAAAGGAUAAGAAACAGAUUACAACUUCACCUGUCCCAGUUAGGAAAAACAAACGAGAUGAGGAGCGUCGAGAGUCUGGCAUCCAGUUGUACUCACCACAAGCCUUUAAAUUUUAUAUGGAGCAGCAUGUAGAGAACAUUCUCAAGUCACAUCAGCAGAGGAUGCGAAGGAAGAAACAGCUUGAGAAUGAAAUGAUGAGGCUGACAAAAAGGUUUUCAGGUGUUUGAAGCAGGAACUUAGGCAAGUAGCUCUUCACAUU